AUGACGACGGAUGAGGCCAGGAAUAUAUAUUUCUGGUACCACCCGGAGGUGGCACAGGUGUGGAAGAACCUUUUCGAGGGGAAAGACCUGAGCAAGCCGGUAUUAACGGUAGGCGAGAUCUGGGACCUGAGCCGGGCAUCGCGCUCUGUCCCUCACCACUACCGGGCGGCACUCAAACAUCCGGAGACACCGCGCGGUUCGGCCAAACGGCAGUGUGGGCCGCGCGACCAGACACACUGGCAACGUGGACACCACCUGCCGAGGACUGUACGGCCUGCUCCUGCAGGAUACCUAACGGACGUAUUCCCGGAACGCCUGUGGAAAGGCCUAUAUCACCGCAUAAUCGACUACCCAAAGCUGACCGACCUCUACUGGAAGCUUUUGCUGAACAAGGCCGUAUGGGACGUUAUCCGCCGCAUAUGGCGACAGAUCACAGAUCGGCCGCUGAACCUCCCCACGACGUGGACGGACCUGCUCGUGAAGGGGGUCAUGUGGACCGAUUCUCGGUUCUUCUUCCGGGAGGUAGAUCGAGAACGGUGGCGACUAUUGUUUAGAGAAGCCCUGUGGUCGUUGUGGCUCUCCCGGUGCGCCUGA